AUGUCGAACUUGCCGAAGCGGCGCUUCCAGCGAGGCACAGAAUCGACCCAGAUGAAGAGUGAUUCUGCCAAGGACACAGCCAGAGAGGAGGCGCUUGCGCGCCGUGGCAGUGCCCGUGGCCGCGGGGUCCGCGGCGUCCGCGUGCCACAAGCAGAGCUUUGGCGUCUGCUGGAGCAGUGCAGCCGCAGCGAGCGGCAGAAGCUGCUGCGGCAGUUCUCGGAGUCCCAGCGUCGGGCGCUGGAGCGAUGGAUCCUAAGCCAUCCCAAGGGCGAUGCCAAAAAGCAUGCGGCUUCGUGCAAGAAGCGCUGUCGCGCAUCUCCCAGGUCCCUCUCGGGCGUGCCGGGCAUUGAAAGCCACCUGCGACAGGGCAAGCUUCGCUACCGCGCAGUGGUAAGAUUUGGGCCGUUCCGAAUCAUGACCGGUUACUGUGAGGACCUGCUUUUGGCCAAGCAGAGACUUCAGGUCUUGCGAGAGAUCUGUGGCGAGGCGCCUGAAGCUUCGUCUGGGCCGGAGGUUCUGGAAGGAUUGCGAAAGGCGGUGGAACAGGCCAAAAACAGCGAGUUGGAACUCAGGUUUUUUGCCCUGCUGCCCUGCCGGCAGAAAACGCCCUGCUUGAGGGUCGAGGGCCUUGAGGCUGGUAUCCGUGCAUGGCAAGAGCUUCGAACUUUGCUGAUGCGGAGGGCUUCGUCGCCACAGGCGGCUUGGAGCAAGGCUCAAGGCAUCUGCAAUGAGCUCUGGGCCUAUGUGAACGGUGGACGCAAGCGCGUGGUGAAACGCCGCGAGGCGACGUCCUUUUUGGGUGUCGAACUCGGUCAGCCAGUGAGCGACCAAAAAGCGACAAACUGA